AAUUUGUUAUCUGUCAAAUAUUGUGUAUUCUAAUGUCACAGAAAUGUUUUUAUUAUAAAAUUAUUUUCGGAAAUAAUAAGUGUUUACUCAAUUGUAAGAAUUAGUCGCUUCCGGUUGAAAUUAGAAGACAUUUAAAAUGUCUGUUAGUGAGAAAGUAUCUUUGUCUGAUGCGUUGAGCAAUGUGGAUGUGCUGGAUGAACUCACACUACCUGACGAGCAGCCCUGCAUCGAGGCAGCACCCUGCUCCAUCCUAUAUCAAGCGAACUUUGACACCAACUUCGAAGACCGCAAUGGCUUCGUCACUGGCAUUGCCAAGUAUAUUGAAGAAGCCACCAUACAUGCCAACUUGAACGAACUCCUAGAAGAGGGCAACGCUCAUGCUGUGAUGCUGUACACUUGGCGAUGCUGCAGUCGGGCAAUACCUCAGCCGAGGUCCAACGAACAACCGGAUAGGGUUCACAUAUAUGAGAGGACGGUGCAAGUGCUUGCCCCUGAAGUGGACAAAUUGCUUCAAUUCAUGUACUUCCAGCGUAAGGCGAUAGAGAGAUUCUGCGGCGAGGUCCGCCGGCUGUGUCACGCGGAGAAGAGGAGGGACUUCGUGUCGGAGGCGUACCUCUUGACGCUCGGCAAGUUCGUCAACAUGUUCGCCGUUCUCGACGAGUUGAAGAACAUGAAGAGCUCGGUGAAGAACGAUUAUUCCACGUACAGGAGAGCGGCUCAAUUUCUCAAGGUAAUGUCGGACAGUCAGAGUCUGCAAGAGUCCCAGAACCUGUCCAUGUUCCUCGCGACACAGAACAAAAUAAGGGACACUGUUAAGGAUGCCCUCGAAAAGAUCAAUGGAUACGAGGAUCUGUUGGCUGACGUUGUCAAUAUAUGCGUGCAUAUGUACGAAACUAGAAUGUAUUUGAUGCCAUCCGAAAAACACAUGCUCGUUAAGGUCAUGGGAUUCGGCCUGUUCCUAAUGGAUUCCGAAGUUUGCAACAUCAACAGAUUGGAUCAAAAGAAAAAGAUACGGUUGGACCGGAUUGAUAGAAUAUUUAAGAAUCUCGAAGUGGUCCCGUUGUUCGGUGAUAUGCAAAUAGCGCCUUUUAAUUAUAUCAAGCGUUCGAAACAUUACGAUCCGAGCAAGUGGCCGCUGUCGUCCAGCCCGAAUCCGCCUUCUCCUCAGGCUGACCUGAUGGUCCACCUGCCUCAGAUACGCGAAGAACACCAGAAUUAUAUUUCGGAACUUGCGAGAUAUAGUAAUGAGGUGACGACCACGUUCAAGGAGGCCGGCACCGACGCGGAGAACCGCGCGGUCGCCGAGCUCUGCCUGCGCGGGCUGCAGCUGCUCUCCUCGUGGUGCUCCGUGCUCACCGAGCUCUGCUCCUGGAAGCUGCUGCACCCGACCGACCACGCGACCAACCCGCGCUGCCCGCCCGACGCCGAGGAGUACGAGCGGGCGACCCGAUACAACUACAGCUCCGAGGAGAAGUUCGCGACGAUCGAAGUGAUCGCGAUGAUCAAGGGCCUCCAGGUGCUGGUCGCGCGCAUGGAGACCGUGUUCGCGGACGCGGCCCGCCGCGCCAUCUACGCGGAGCUGCAGGACUUCGUGCAGCUGAUGCUGCGCGAGCCGCUGCGGAAGGCGAUCAAGAACAAGAAGGACCUGAUCAGGAGCAUCAUAGUGUCGGUGCGCGAGACGUGCGGCGACUGGGCGCGCGGCUGCGAGCCGCAGCAGGACCCGGCGCUGCGCGGCAAGAAGGACGCCGACGCCAGCUUCACCAUCAAGGUGCCGCGCCGCAACGUCGGCCCAUCAUCGACGCAGUUGUACAUGGUGCGGACGCAGCUGGAGGCCCUGGUGUCAGACAAGUCCGGCGGGCGAAGGACGCUGCGGAAAGACCUGGACGCGGCCACGCUGCAGCAGAUCGAGACCUUCCACCGGCAGAGCUUCUAUUGGACGUACCUGCUCAAUUUGGCUGACUCUCUCUCCAAGUGCUGCGACCUCUCUCAGCUGUGGUACCGCGAGUUCUAUUUGGAGAUGACCAUGGGGCGGAAAGUUAAUAAAUGCACGGUCCGCCACCAGCACAACGAGGAGUGCAACGAUCUCAUAACGAUGGAGAAGCGGAUUCAGUUCCCGAUUGAGAUGUCCAUGCCGUGGAUACUGACCGACCACAUAUUGAGGAGCAAGGAGCCGGCCAUGAUGGAAUACGUCUUAUACCCGCUGGAUCUAUACAAUGAUUCCGCCCAGUACGCGCUCACGGUGUUCAAGAAACAGUUUCUGUACGACGAGGUGGAGGCGGAGGUGAAUCUCUGCUUCGACCAGUUUGUCUACAAGCUGUCUGAGCUGGUCUACUCGCACUACAAGCAGCUGGCCGCUAGCAUGCUGCUCGACAAGCGGUACCGCGCGGAGUGCGCGGCGCGCGGCGCCAGCACGGGCUGCGGCGCGGGCCGCUACGCGUCGCUGCUGCGCCAGCGCCACGUGGCGCUGCUCGGCCGCCACGUCGACCUGUGCGCGCUCGUCGCUCAAAGAAUCAAUGCGGACAUGCAUCGCGCCCUCGACGCGGCGGUCGCCAAGUUCGAAGCGGGCGAUAUCACUGGCGUUGUGGAGCUGGAAGGUCUGAUAGCGGUGAACCGGCUGUGCCACAAGCUGCUGAGCCGCUACCUGACGCUGGACGAGUUCGAGGCGAUCCUGCGCGAGUCGGACCACGGCGUGCUGGCGCCGUACGGCCGCGUCACGCUGCACGUGUUCUGGGAGCUCAACUAUGACUUCCUGCCGAACUACUGCUACAACGCAGCCACCGACCGUUUCGUCAAGUGUCGCGGCAUUCAGUUCGCGCCGGGGGUGCAGCGCGAAAAGCCGCAGCAGUACGGCCACGCCAUGCUGUGGGGCUCCAAGCAGCUGAGCCUGGCGUAUUCCGCGCAAUAUGCGCAAUAUAACGGCUUCGUGGGCGCGCAGCACCUGCACGCGCUGGUGCGGCUGCUCGGCUACCAGGGCGUGGCCGUGGUGGUCGGCGAGCUGCUGGGCGUGGCGCGCGGCCUGCUGCACGGCACGCUCGCGCAGUUCACGCGCGCGCUGCACGCCGCCAUGCCGCGCCACUGCAAGCUGCCGCGAUACGACUACGGCUCCAACGGCGUGCUCGGCUACUACCACGCGCAGCUGACGGACAUAGUGCAGUACCCGGACGCGCGCACGGAGCUGUUCCACGCGUUCCGCGAGCUCGGCAACAUCAUACUGUUCUGUAUGCUCAUCGAACAGGCGCUCAGUCAAGAAGAGGUCACUGAUUUGUUGCACGCGGCGCCGUUCCAGAAUAUCCUGCCACGACCUUACACGGCUGAGGGAGAGAAACCGGAGACAAAGCAGAAGCGUUUGGAGGCGAAAUACGCCGCGCUGCAGAUUGUCCAGAACGUGGAAAAGUACGGAACCGCCAAGCAGAGCCAGCUGUCGCGCGAGGGCGAGCUGCUGACGCGCGAGCGGCUGUGCUGCGGCCUGUCGCUGUUCGCGGUGGUGCUGCGGCGCCUGCGCGGCUGCCUCGCCGCGCCGCACUGGCCCGCGCCGCCCGCGCCGCACCACGCGCCGCUGCACACCGACGACACCAGCGAGUUCCACAGACUGUGGUCGGCUCUACAAUUCCUGUACUGCAUUCCAGUUGGUGACACUCAGUUCACUGUUGAGGAGCUGUUCGGCGAAGGCCUGCACUGGGCCGGGUGCACCAUCAUAGCCCUGCUGGGUCAGCAGCGCCGCUUCGAAGCGCUCGACUUCUGCUACCACAUCCUCAGGGUGCAGCGCGUCGAUGGCAAGGACGAGCUGGUUAAGGGCAUUCCGCUGAAGCGCAUGGUGGACAGGAUUCGGCGGUUCCAAGUGCUGAACUCGCAGAUAUUCAGUGUGCUGGCCCGCCACCUGGCGGCCGCGGACGACGAGCGAGCGGGAGUCGAACACGUGCGCUGCUUCCCACCGCCCUCCACCAAUGCGCAGUAGGAAGUGCGCUGUUUCUCUGACUGAAAAUCAACACAACUCCCACAGCAUAGACUAAAAUUUAUUUAAAAUAGGUGAAAACAACGGUUUUCUAGAUUAAGCGCUUAGUUUUAGUUUUUUAAAACAUUAGCUGUUUUUCAUAUUCUUUAUAAUUUUUGUGUAUGUUAAUAAGUACAUUAAAUUUGUAUACAAUACACAACAUAGAUUCAUUUGAACAAGCUUCCAUCUGUAUUUACACUGUAUCUAUUAUCAUCGUCAAUACCUCUGCCAUCGCUGCCAUCAUCAUCAUUAUCAUCAUCACCAUAGGCAUCAUCAUCAUCACCAACACCAUCACCCAAAGACGAACAAUAAACAUCUAGAUUAAUGUUUAACAAUAGUCCAAAGUACAAUUCUGCCUACGCGUGUAUCAGGCAAAGCUUAUUAAUGAGCUAUUGCAAUUGAAUUUGAACAUUACUGCCAGGAAAUAAGGUGUUUAUUUCAAUGAAUGUUUAGAUUGCUUAUGUUUAGUUACAGUUUAUUAAAUCAAUGGAUCAUUAUCAUCAUUGUAAUUUAAGUAUUCUGUUUUAUAAAAUGAAAUAUACAAUUCUGAAUUGCAUUGCAAUAUUGAUUUUAAGAUACAGAUUUUUUUAGGGAAAAUAACGUUUU